CCAUCACCAGCCUCCAGUACUCAACUUCCUCUACGUUUCAGGCUUCGUCUACGAAAUCAACCCUCGAUUGUGGGCCUGAAGUGUUUAAAUUAAAUUGAAGUACUGUAAUGUUUACCUCUUUUGUAUAUUACUUGAUGUUUUGUAGUACUGUCAGUCUUACUAUUGCGCUUACAACUUGACGCCUAGAGGAGCCGUAGUCGAGGUUUGGAAAACGGCCGGCAGGGCGGUCAAUAUGGGGCGAAGUGGAAGUGAGGCAAAGUGUUAUGGAGCGAAAUGGCAGUGAUGGGGCGAACGACUUCAGGCAUUGAUAUGUAUGAUGUUGAGCUGAUGGUGGCGCACAACAAAUCGAAGAAUGAGGAAGCCGAUCGUCUUUGCUGAUUUGUUGGGAUAAAAGAUUUACUUGGUUACUUUUCUCUUCUGUGAUGUAUCUUUAGUUUUUGUUUGUUGUUAAAUUCAGUCUUAAUUAUUUCUUAUAAUUUUUGAGAUAGUAACGAUACAGUGCCAAUGGAAAUUGGCGGCGAAUAGGCCUUCCGUAACGUCGUAGGCUCGCUGGUAAGGGCCUGCAACUCGGUGCCACUUGCAAGCUAAACCAUGUACAUGUACACUGCAGCGGGUGUGCUCAAUUAACGCGAUGAUGUAGGCCUAUAUCCAACUCUAUGCCCUAUACCGUAUACGCAGGUACGGUGAGACGGUGCUCAGUGCACUAGGCCACACUAAUUUAUUCUGCAUGACAUGAAUCAUGAUCAACGUUUUCGAAUCAUUGCGGUCCUCAUAUGGCCUGUGUCGUUUACAAAUAUAAUUUAACAGCAGAAUUAUGAAUCUGUGAAUGGACCACAGGCAGAGAGUGUUCCAUGAAGCUGAUAAUGCCAUCUUUGUUACAUGUCUUACCUCCACGAUCGUCAAACGGGAAGUUGUAGUGACAAUGACAAUGCAGUCCCAGUGAGUGUAUCAACACAGUCCAAAAGUAUGAGGUCGUUGCCGUCACAACCUCAGCCUGAGUGCUGAAGUACAUGUAAGACUGAAAAAUUGAAUUGUAAUGGGGCAGAAAGUGAGUUCAAGUCCACGAGUAAGGACAAACUAUGCUGGUCCAAUUUCACAUCACCAAGUAGUGCAUGAUCCAUCAUACCCAGACUCUGGACUUGGUGAGAACUCACACAGUCCAUCAUCUCUACAUAACUUGGCAAUGGGGAGCGGUACAAGUCAAGCAAACGGUCACCAACCAUAUCAUCAACGGGGAUCAUAUCCCAGUACGACUAGUAGUACCUCCUAUGCAGCAUCAGCACCAGUACAGACAUCCCAACAGCAUUCCAGAAACAGGGCAAGGUCUCUUGGGAACUGUACACAGAAUGAUGGAGCAAGUAGUAGCAGUAGCAGAGGCCUUCAUAUACCUGGAAUGAUUGACCUUAAUCUUGGCCAAGAUUCAGAUGAUAGUUCUCCAGAGGAUAACGGAUCCCUGCCUUUGACAAGAAGUCGGGGCAGGACUUUUCCCUUCCAUGCACAGUCCCUGCCGGCCCAUCUCUUCACAUCCACACUUUUUCAGCAUGUCCAACAUGUUCAAGGGAUUAAGUGCCCAGUCUGUUCUAAAUCUGUGCCAUCAGAUGAUGUUGAAUGCCAUUUGGUAAUAUGUUUGACCAAACCAAGAGUUGUAUAUAAUGAGGAUGUACUGUCAGUGGAUGCUGGUGAGUGUGUCAUAUGCCUUGAUGAUAUGCAGCAGGGAGACACUAUAGCUAGACUACCGUGCCUAUGUAUUUAUCAUAAAAGUUGUAUCGACAUGUGGUUUGAGAGAAAUCGAUCUUGUCCUGAGCAUCCAUCAGACUAGACAGCCAUAUUGUCAUCUCAUCUAACUUUCCGGUAUCAGGGAAAUUGGUUGAUGAAUCAAAUGUGGUAGCCAAGACUUGUAUAUAUAUACUUGAACUAUGGCAGACAGGAGCUCUUCGAAGGUGUUACUGAGGCUAAAUUGACUAUGCGGGACACCUGUUUGUUUAACAGAUUUCUGUCUGAAAGAACUAAAUCACCGGGGAUGUCUACUAUGAAUGCCCACUUGUGGGAAGGCAUGCUGUAUGCAUUCAUUACAAUGAUGCAUCCAUCUGUUUAAACCUUCAGCAUUUUCCUGAAGAAACAAACAUAUUGCUGAGAGUGUCAACUGAUACCUCCCGGCAUUUUGUGGUGUGUGACAACUAAAUAAUUACGGAUUUUGCCUUAAACGAAUAAAAUCUUGAAAGGCAGUGUGUGCAUAUAAUUGUUUAUUAUUUGAUUGACAUUUUACACCCACAUACAUGGCUCAAUGUGUUUAUGUGACCCUGCAUACCACAUCUUGAACAUGGGUGACAAUAUAGGGCAUUGAAGUAUUUGGUAGUGGUAUUUUUUCUACAGUAUCAGGCAUUUGUGUACUUCAACCUGAAACUUUGUGCCAUUAACAUGCACAAAGUAGUGCAUACAGGCAGAGCUUUUUCAUUGGUUCCCAUGAAUUCCCCACAUCAUGCCAUCUGUAGUACAGUCCCUGCAUGCAUGGACAUCAUAUAAAAAGUAUGGACUUUCAGUGCCUUAAUCAGCCUACAUGAACAUACAUGUACAUGUAGGUCAUUGAAGCCAGUGGCAGCCAUCUUAGUGUCAAAACAAAGGUAAUGCAACUUUAGGCUUCCUCAGUUUGGUAGUCAGACUUUAUUCAAAAGGGAGUUGCACUACUACAAACUAAAAACAAUGGUAAAAUUGGCUCUAAAGAGACACUUCUUUAUGAUGACCUAAAGACAGAUGGUACAUGUAACUUCAAAGUUUUGCUAUGAAAGUGACAUUGCAUUCAACAUACCAUUAAAUUUUCCUAGAAAUUAUUUAUGACGGUCAUUGUAUUUAAAGUUAUAUUUUAGGCCCUGUGUAUGUUGUCUACUGUUAGUUAUAAUAUGGAUGUUGAGCUCUUUCAUAGAUUAGAACCCUGUAUGUAUGCACAUACAUGUGCUUGUAUGUAAAUGUUCAUGGAACUUGGAUGUAACCUGUGUUUGUAGGUGCUCCAUGCCUAUGUGCCCUAUGAGGGUGUAACUACAUCAAGAUCAACAAGCAUAGAGCUAUGUAUAAAAACUAGAGCGCUAACUUCUCAUUCUCCAUGGGGAGAAAAUUUGACGUCGUCCCACAUGUCCCAUGUGCAUGCUUGUAGAACAUUUGAAAUCAGAUAGAACGGAUAUUGAAUUAUUCUAACUGCAACACGCAAAUACAACAUAAGCGAACGUCAGUGUGUCUUUUCAAUUAAGAUGCACACUUGCAAAGCAAUGGCACAUAUUUAUCAACAUAGCUGAUUAUUUUAAAACGAAUGAUUCUCUAACAUUCGAGUAAGGUCAUCCGAUGUCGUAUGCAUGUCUUUUGAUGGCUGUC